UAGAUGGGUGAACCUCAGUGCUGUGAUAUUUAUGUGCCAGAAGUGCUAGAAGAUGGAAUCGAGGCUCUCAAAUCCCACAUUUAACAGUGUUUUGUUCUGCAUCGUUGCAGUGUGGACCACCACUGGAAUCUACCCAGCUGCUGCUAUAGAAUUGGACACCCCUGCUGAGAUAUUUGUAGAAAACGGAACCACUGGGACGCUUAAGUGUUGGUUCAAAUCCACUGAAGUGAUCAGUAGUCAAGCAUCAGUAUCGUGGUCUUUCAUCCCUGAGGGAUCUCCAGAGUCCACUGGCGUGGCUAUUUUCUACUACUCGGGUGGAAAGUCUUUCCCAGAUAGCCCUCAGUUUAAGGCCAGGGUAGAAUGGGCAGGAGACCUGAACAAAAAAGACGCGUCUAUCCGCGUCACUCAAAUGCAGUUUUUGGACAAUGGAACUUACUCCUGUGAUGUGAAGAACCCUCCAGAUUUAACUGGUAAACCUUCACUGACCAAACUCAGGGUCGUGAUGAAAGAAUUCCUUGAGGAAACCAGCCCAAGAAAGACUGAAGAAUACUGUCUAAGAACUGUUGCCUGAAAGAGUCUUGUUCAGAAUAUAGAUGACGAUCCACUACUAAGACUGAGGUUUGAGAAGACAGAGACCCUGUGACCUGAGCUUUUGGUCCAAAGUGUUCGUCUAGGCAUUAAGGAUGCGAUACAAGAGAUCCUGAGUUUUUUCUCUUUUGAGAUUUUUUUUCCUCUUUCUUUUUUUUUUUCUUGAAAUCAAAAUACUCUCUCUGAUUUUAUAACUUUUUGAGACCAGUAAAUGUUAUAUAAUUCAAUCAUUGCCUUUAACUUUUACUAAGAGUAGUAUUCUGACGUGUAAAAGAAGAAGCAUCUUUGUGGGGUCUGAAAAGGAUUUCUGCACUCCUCACCUCUAUACCUGUAGGGUAAAGUACAGAACAACAACUGCUUGCCGUUAAUCACAUCAGUCCAGGGUCUAGAGCAUUGUAUCUUUGUUCCCACGGCACACUGACCCUUGGAGGCCGCUCCCCAUCGCAGGCACCACUUAGGGACAUCCGCAUCAGCAGUAAAGAUUACAAAAGAUGCCAUUUUGUGUUAUCUAAAUAUAGUAUGAUGUUGAUCCACUGAGACCCAUACAGCAGAGCAUAAAUUUCAUUUAUGAGGUGUUUCAGAAUCCAGCUUUUUAUAUUAGAAUUACAAAGCAUUCUGCUCAUCCAAAAGGACCAAAGUCCUGAAGAGACAAAAGAAAAGAGCUCA